UCCUUUCUACGGAAUCUUAUUCGACGUGCGAACAAGGCCUAUUGUUGUUGUCGUCUGUGCUUGGUCGUGGUCACGUUCACGUUCCUCUAUUUUGACGAGGCGACGAUUUUAUUAUAUUCGUGUGUGUCAGUACUGUCAGUCAAUAAUAGAACUAUUGAAAACCAUUAUUAUCAGCAUGGGAAAGAAAUCCAAAACUCCCAAAACUAGUGCCAGCGUUGCUGCCAGUAAAACACCACAACAGCUUUCAAAGAAAGUGGUUCCACUGAAGUCGAAAAGAAAAAGAAAGUUUAAACCUGUGCAAGCUGUUAAAGGAAUUCCUGAGGAUAGUCUGAAGAAACUUGUUGCCAAUGUGAAGCGAUCGAAAGAUGAAGUGUCUAGCAACUGGCAGGCUUUUCUUGCUUCUGGACAGUUACCAGAGGCAUCAAAGUCAGAUAAGAAGAAGUCUAGUUCAGUUACACAAGCAAGCAUUAAACAAUCUUCAAACAUUCAAAGCUUCAAAAAGAUCAACAAAGAAGCAAUAACAGAAAUUCAAGAAGCUCCUACAAUCGACUUUAUGUCAGAUGACACCUAUAUUUCAGAAUUAGACCCCAAAACAGAAGCUCAGAAGCGUGAAUUAACCAGAUGUAUAGCUAUGGAUUGUGAAAUGGUGGGUGUGUUUGAUGGAAAGGAAAGUGUACUUGCGAGAGUCUCACUGGUAAAUCAGCAUGGAGAGUGCGUUUAUGAUCGUUUUGUAAAACCGAAAGAAAAAGUUGCUGACUAUCGUACCAAAGUGAGUGGUGUUCGUCCAAGUGACCUGAAACGAGGUGAAGAGUUUGAAGUAGUUCAGAAAGAAGUUGCAGCUAUCUUGGAAGGUCGAAUUCUUGUUGGACAUGCUCUUAGGAAUGACAUGAAAGUCUUAUUAAUAAAUCAUCCUCCUAAAAUGGUUAGAGAUACAUCUAGAUUUAGACCUUUUAGAAAUGUUACUAAUGGUCGUACACCAUCAUUGAAAAAAUUGGCUGAAGAAAUUCUUGGUGUAACUAUUCAGACCGGUGAACACAGUUCUGUAGAAGAUGCUAAAGCUACAAUGCAGCUGUAUAAUUUGUAUCAAAAAGAGUGGGAAGAGCAUCGACUGCAAAAGAAAGUUUUUAGGAGGAAGAAUGCCAUUGCUGCAGCUGUAGGACAAUCAAAAAUUCAGACAAAAAAUAAGAAGACAGUUAAAACAAACCAGACUCUCAGUGAUGAAUUUGUUGCAUUUUAAUUUGUGCACUAAACCAUGUUUGUAAUAAACACCAUUUGACAAUUAGCUGGAAUAAAAAUUACAAGAUGCAGUGCUGUUAAA